AUCCAUCGUCCGUUCUCAUCAUACAUAAAACACAGCCGAGACACCUGCCUUGCUUCCGCUUCGUCUCCCUCUCCUCCUUCUCCUCCUCCUCUUCUCCGUCUCUUCUAUCUGUUGCAACGCGCCGGCGACGAUAACCUCCACCGUCAAGGCGGACCACAGCAAACCCGCGUCACAUCCAGUACACACCCACCACCCGCCUCACCACCCAACAUCAAUCGACUGGGGAGGCUCCCCACACCGAACCGCCAUUCCGCGCACAGUCGCACCCAAACAAACCGCUCCCACCGCCGUCACUGCUCUCUCUUCCUCUCCCACCGAGCGCAUCACCACCAUGGCGGACGUCAUUCGAGAAAAGUCCUCGGCGCCCGUCGACACGCGCUCCACCGACUCGCCGCUCGACCAAUCCAGCACCCACGAACAGUCCGCGCCUCUCACAGGAUGGCUGUACAAGAGUUGGAAGAUCGGUCCUCUCACCGUGCCCCACUAUGCCAGUCCUAAGAUGCAGUUGUUGAUGGUCUCGUUCGUCUGCUUUCUAUGUCCGGGAAUGUUCAAUGCGCUCAAUGGUCUCGGAGGCGGUGGGCAGGUCACCGGCGUCGCCAGCAGCGACUCCAACACCGCCCUCUACUCCACCUUCGCCGUGGUCGGUUUCUUCGCAGGUUCCGUCGUCAACCGGGUAGGCGUCAAAUGGUCGCUCGCAUUCGGCGGGAUGGGCUACUGCAUCUACGUCUCCGCCUGGCUCGUCUACAACUUCGUGCCCGUCUACGAUCAGACCACCGGCGCUCUCAAAACCCCUGGCCCCGUCUCCGAACAGGCGGGAAUCGGCUACAUCACCUUCGCCGGCGCCCUGCUGGGGAUCUGUGCGGGUAUCCUGUGGACCGCCCAGGGCACCAUCAUGAUGGCCUACCCGCUCGAGGCCGACAAGGGCAAGUACGUCUCGACCUUCUGGAUCAUCUUCAACCUUGGCGGCGUCAUCGGCAGUCUCGUUCCCUUGGGCAUCAACAUCAACACCGCCACCAAGGCAUCCGUCUCCAACGGCACCUACAUCGGCUUUCUCAUCCUCACCAUCAUCGGUGGUUUGCUCGCCUGGACCAUGCUCGACGCUUCCAAGGUCGUCCGCGCCGACGGCUCCCGCGUCAUCCUGAUGAAACACCCCUCGGUGAGCUCGGAGUUCCUCGGCCUCUACCAGACCCUGCGCCGGGACCUCUGGAUCGUCGGUCUGUUCCCCAUGUUCUUCGCCAGCAACUGGUUCUACACCUACCACUUCAACGGGGUCAACGCCGCCGUCUUCACCACCCGCACCCGCGCCCUCAACGGCGUCCUCUACUGGUCCGCCCAGAUCGUCGGCGCCGGCUUCAUCGGGCCCCUGCUCGAUUACCGCGGCAUCCGUCGCUCGGUGCGCGCGAGGAUCAUGUGGGCGACGCUGUUCGUCCUCACCAUGGCGAUCUGGGGCGGCGGCUACGUCUUCCAGCGAGGCUAUACCCGGGAGUCGACGGAUCCGGAUGUCUAUCCGGGUAUGGACUGGACGACGCCGGGCUACGUCGGCCCGAUGUUUCUGUAUAUCUGCUACGGGCUGUAUGACGCCAUCUGGCAGACUUGCACUUACUGGCUGAUCGGCUCCCUGACGAACAACGCCCGCCGCCUCGCCAACUACGCCGGUUUCUACAAGGGCCUGCAGUCCGCCGGCUCGGCCAUCAUGUGGCGCAUGGACGGCCUGUUCGUGCCCUACAUGACCAUCUUCGCCUCCUGCUGGGGCCUGCUCGCCGCCAGCUUGGUCAUCGCCCUCCCCGUGGUCUGGCUCCAGGUCCGCGACACGGUGGCCCUCGAGGACGACCUCCAGUUCACGGACGAGGGCGUCGCGGAUGUCCUCGGCGCGAAACCCGUCGCGGCCCUGGAGGCCGAGGAGAGGAGGGAUGUACUUGGCGGUGGGAAGGCGUGAAAUCGGUUGUUGUUUUUUAAUGAAAUCUUUUGCUUCUUUUUUGGGUUGGAUUCCCUCUUUUUUAUUUUCUUGAUGAGAAAAGAGAAGGGAGGAAAGCGGAAGCGGAAUCGGUGUCUGGAUUUUGUUUUGGAUUUAUUUCUCCCUCAUGCUAGGGGGGUUUUUCCGUUGAUGGGUUUAUUGAAUUCUCGACGAUGAAUGAUUAUGAUACCUCCUCCCCCAAUUGAUUUUCCUUCUUUCCAAUUUUUCUUUCCCGAUUUCUCCUGUCUCCUGUCUCCAUGUCCUCGCUCUCCCGCUCUCUCCUCAAGGACAAGGCAUCCCCUCCAGUUUCCUCUCUCAUCUCGCCGUCCUGCACCACCGUCGAAACGAGAAUCCGGAUAACCAUCGCAUGUUAGAAUUUGAGAAAAAAAAGAAAGAACAACAACAACAACAACAACAACAACAACAACAACAACAACAACA